CGGCGGUUUUAAGUACCUGUUAAGUGUGUUUACUAUAUUCGUGUGACAUGGGCCAUGUCAUGGGUCAUUUCGUUCAGCAAUCAGUGUUCAAUUAACACGCUAUGUGUACUGACAUAUAAUUGGCUUUAACAUGUUACGUCGACGGUAAAAUGUACGGCUGAUUGGAUGGUCAUAAUUGAAUCAAAUUCAUAUUUAUCAUUGAACAAAAUACAGAAAUUGUGGUUGUAUUCGUUAUUGUACGAGAGUUGUCAUCAUGUCGGCUAAACAAAUUUUACGUUCAUUUAAUCCCAUUCAAGUAUACUUAGUCAUCUUUCUCACUCUAAGUUAUUUUUUGAUUCAAUUAAUAUUCAGUCAUAUCACUCACGCUUUAACAUUACUCGUCGAUUCGUAUCAUGUGCUCUGCAAGUUAAUUUAUUUAUUUGGAUCCAUCAUAUGUGUCAAGCAUAACGACGACGACGAAAUAUGUUUGAACGAAGAGUGCCAAGAGAAAGCGGUUAGCGGGGAAGAAGUUCAAAUGCUGGAGUUGGAAUUUAAUAAAGCAUCUUCUACGUGUACACAUCCCCAUCUCGAGAGGAAACUGAAAAAUACCUUUGGCUGGGCCAGGAUCGAGGUUGUCGUUAUGCUUUGCGGGUGCGUUUUUCUAGCCUCGCUAAGUUUCUCAUUAGUCGUAGAAGCCGUCCAGACACUUAUACACAUCGACCACCAAGAUCCAAUCCAUCAACCCUUUUCGGUGUUUAUCAUCGGCAUGGCCGGCUUUGUGAUACACGGGUUGUGUUAUUUACUAUUGGGAGGAAACCAAACAAACAUAACACCACAAAACGGCAUUGGGGUGGUCGACAAAGGCGAGGCUGUGCCUUUGAGUUCUAGUCAACUAAUGAAACAGAAAAUUCAAACAAGGAAUUGUAGCUUUCGAGAAAUUUCUCGAGACAUAGUUGGUUGUACGAUGGUGAUGAUUUGUUCGGUAAUCGUCAAUUUCACAGACCCUCAAAUAGGCAAGUACGUUGAUCCAGGUCUAUCGAUCGUGUCGGCGGUAUUGUUGCUCUACCUCAAGUUCCCAAGCAUGAAAGAAUCGUGUUUAAUUCUUCUACAAACAAUACCAGAUCACAUGAAUAUUGACAUGAUUUGUAAAGAACUAAUGCUGUCAUUCCCAGACAUUGUAAACGUACACGAACUUCAUAUAUGGCAACUUACAGAACAUAAAAUUAUAUCUACAGCACAUAUAAUAUUUUUAAACCCUAAAGACUAUUUGAGAAUUAACAAGGCAGUAAUUAACUUCUUCCGCGAUAAUGGCAUUGGAGAAGUAACGAUACAGCCAGAAUUUUUCAAAGACGAUCAAAACAUACAAAUGAUACCCGAAUAUGGUAUGGGUCAAUGUUUGGUGCAGUGUAAUCAAGUUGAAUGCUUAGAACGAAAUUGCUGUGAACCAAAUGAAUUAAAUGAAUUCCCAACAAAUGUUACAACCUCUAAUCUACGAGAUGUUUGUUGUAAACAUUCGGGAACUAAUAUCUCCCAGAUGUCUGAUACAAAUGUAAUGGUUUAAUGUAAAACAAAUGUAUAACUAAUUAAUGUUGACUAUGUGUUCCUAAAUACUCAUAACUGUAUCAAAGUAAAUGUGAUUUUUUACUUAUUUAUUGUUAUUUUAAUUUAAGCUUAAAUUUUUGUUUUUAGUUAUAAUUUUAUUCAAAUAAUACAAAAUUGUGUGACAAAUGUUUAACCCAUAAAUACAAGUAUAAACCAAUUAUGAA